GAAAUUUGGCGGUAAAUUAUAAUAUGUAAAUAAAAACAAGUUUUCAGCUAUAUUUCUGUGUUUAAGUGAAAUUUAACAAAAAAAUGGAGAAGUGCCACAGUGUAGCCGACUCGGAAAUAUCAACCCUAAGUACAAUGGAAAUAAACAACUUAUUAACACUGGAAAAUUACCUUUCUGAGAGGGACAAUUUCCAAAAUGUUUUUUACAUGUCUCCUGUUCCAGAUGCCUGUAAAGAAUAUCCAUGUAUUUUAGGCAUUGAUGAAGCUGGAAGAGGUCCAGUACUAGGACCAAUGGUCUAUGGUACAGCUUUUAUACCAAUUAAUGAUCAAAUGUUGCUAGAAACUCUGGAAUGUGCAGACUCAAAAGCCUUAAAUGAGGAAAAACGAGAUAAGAUCUUUGAUAAAAUCUGCGAACAACAGCAUAAAAUGGGAUGGGGAGUGGAAGUUAUAGCACCUAAUUCAAUAUGUAAUAGUAUGCUUAGCAGAUCAAAAUACUCUUUGAAUCAGGUUUCAAUGGACUCUGCAAUAGGCCUAAUAAAAGCAGCAUUAGCUGCAGGUGUCAAGGUAGAACAUGUUUUUGUAGACACUGUGGGAAAACCUGAGAAGUAUGAAGCUUAUCUAAAAAGUGUAUUUCCCAGCCUGAAAAACAUCACAGUAGCCAAAAAAGCUGAUUCAACUUACCCCGUGGUAUCUGCAGCUAGUAUAUGUGCCAAAGUUACUAGAGAUCAUGCCCUUAAGGUGUGGAAUUUUACUGAGGGUGUUAAAGUGAAUGAGUUUGGCAGUGGAUAUCCUGGAGAUCCUGUAACAAAGAAGUUCUUAGUAAACCACUGUGAUCCAGUGUUUGGAUAUCCACAAUUAGUAAGAUUUAGCUGGUCGACUGCUGAAAAUGCUUUGGAGCAAACUGCUUACCAUGUUGAAUGGGAAGAGGCUGAAGAUGAAGAAAAAACACCUCCACCCCAAACUACCGCAAUCACAUCAUUUUUCAAGGUUUCUAAUAAAAAAGAACUUGGCAAACCUAAACAGCGACAUGAAUUUUUCACUCAGAGAGGGCUUGGACGAGAUGUGGAAUUUUAAUAGUAAAUACAGCAACAAUAUACAACUUUUAUGUUCUUAAAGAAAUUGUAAGGCAUUUUUUAUUUAUUUAUUGCAAUUUUAAAUGUACUGUGGAUAUAAUAAAUAGAUUUUUUUUAGUAUAAAA